GCGCCCUCAGGGGUGCACAUCGCCUUUGGAACGCGCGAUGACGAGAUGAGCGUCACAUGGCACACGCUCGCGUCGAAUCCCGGAGAUGCCGUCGUGGAAUAUUCCCUCCUAUCCGAUGUUAGCGCCUCGUCGAGAGUCGAAGGAACGACGCGCGCGUUCGUCGACGGCGGACCCGAGCGCAGCGUUCGCUUCGUCCACCGGGUCGUCCUCUCCAACCUCGAACCCGGCGCGACGUACAAGUACCGCGUGGGAAACCCGGCGACGAAGGCGUACUCUGUAUGGUUCGAUUUCGUCGCGAAGAGGUCCCGCGCUCAGAUCGCGGCCGGUCCCCCGUUGAAGCUCCUCGCGCUGUGCGACCAAGGCCACCGCGAAUCCGCGGGCGUGCUCCAGCUCGUCGCAGCCGAGGUCGCGGACCCUUCCACCAGGCCCGACGCCCUCGUCCACUGCGGCGACUUCGCCUACGACCUGGACACCUACUCGGGCAGAAACGGCGACAGGUUCCUCGCCGACAUCGAACCCGUCGCCGCGCGAGUUCCUUACAUGACCUCGCAGGGGAACCACGAGCGCGCGUACAACUUCUCGCACUACGCCGAGCGCUUCACCAUGCCCGGCGCCGGCGCAUCGAACGGCAACGCCUACUACUCCUUCGACGUCGGUCCGAUGCACGUCGUCGCGUUCAACGCCGAGGCUUUCUUCUGGCCCGAGUUCUUUGACGCGACAUAUAGGUCCCGCAUGUACGAGUGGCUCGUCGACGACCUGCGCGCCGCGAACGACAACCGGGGGAACGUGCCGUGGAUCCUGGUGCACGGGCACAGGCCGAUGUACUGCGUGGAUGCCAAAGUUCCGGAUUUGACUCCCCACGCUGACAAACCCGAGUUUGACGGCUCACCCGGAGACUUUCCGAUUGAAAAGGCGCUUUACGAAAACGGCGUGGACCUCUACCUCGCGGGUCACGUCCACGAUUACGAGCGUUACUUUCCCGCGUUCGACGAGCGAGUGGUGAACGGCACGGACGUCACCCUCGAGCGGUACGUGAACCCCGGCGCGACCGUCCACGUCACCUCGGGCUCCGGAGGUAACCCCGAGAUGUGGACG